UAGAACUAGCAGCUCCCCCAUUGUGCUUCUGGUUCUGGUUAGGGUUUGGCCUCUCGCCUCAAAGAUUGAAAAUUUGCAAAAUGGUUCAGAGACUUACAUACCGUAAACGCCACAGUUAUGCCACCAAGUCCAACCAGCAUCGCGUUGUUAAAACCCCUGGUGGGAAGCUUGUCUACCAGACCACUAAGAAGAGAGCAAGUGGACCUAAGUGCCCUGUAACUGGGAAGAGAAUCCAAGGGAUUCCUCACUUGAGACCGGCUGAAUACAAGAGGUCUAGACUAUCUAGGAACAGAAGAACUGUCAACCGUGCAUAUGGUGGUGUGUUAUCUGGUGGAGCUGUUAGAGAGAGGAUUAUCCGAGCCUUUUUGGUGGAAGAACAGAAGAUUGUGAAGAAGGUUUUGAAAAUUCAGAAGGCAAAAGAAAAGCAGGCAUCGAAGAGCUAAAUGUGAUAGAGAGAAACUAAGUUGUAACAGACAGAAGCUUUCCCUUUUUGUUUUGACUGCUUAGAAGAAAUUUCAACUUUUCUUUAGGUGAUUAUGAACUGAUGAAAUCGUAUUAUCUGAGUUGUUUUAUUGUAAUUUUGAAGGAGUUUUAGUGGCAGUAUUAAGUUCUCAAUGCAUGGUUUUUAUUAUGUCACGUUUUAUUUCAUCCUAAGUUGAAUGGAUUCAAAACUCAUGUUCCGUGGUA